ACAUUUAUUUACCGGAUUGACUAAUUCCCGUCUCAACUUUAACGAUGUGACCGAUUUAUAAUAAAACAAGCAGGAAGUGCCAGAUAUCAACAUAUUGUCAACGAACAAUAACACAUCAAUGAGACGUUCGCACAAUGCCCCUGGCUAUGGGUAUGCUGGAGGUAACCAGACGUACCAGCCGACGUACGAAAUGCUGGAGCAGGAGAAUGACCAGAAAGAGGAACAGCUGUCCAGCAAAGUGAAAGCUCUUAAAUCGUUGACGAUCGACAUAGGGACUGAAGUGAGGGACCAGAACAGAAUGUUGCUUGGAAUGGAUACCGACUUUGAUUCAUCAACGGGUUUGUUGGAGGCAAGCAUGAAGAAGUUAAAGUUCAUAACACAGAUGGGCGGACACAGACAAAUACUUUACCUGGUGCUCUUCUGCUUUUUUGUUUUCUUUAUCUGCUGGAUCAUUGUUAGAUCAAGAUGAUGAAUCAGUAAUUGUUUUGGGGAUUGCGUGACCUAUGUAAUUUGAUUAAGGUGUCUUUAAAAGUAUUAACUGGGUGUUUAUAAUUACGGCUCGUUAUUUGAUUAUUUCUAAUGGAAAAGUCAGUUGAAUAGAAUUGAUUCAUGGCACACUGGUUUCCGUUGUAAUACAGUAAAUGAAUCGUUAUCUAUAUCCUUCUCAAAAUGUGUGUUUAAGGAGCAGUUGUACAAGUAUCAUACAUUUAAACAAACCAAUAAAAAUGGUAUAAAUGAAUUGGAAUACUUAAAAUAUUAGACAAAAUUUGUUGGUUUCGCUUGACAAUAUACUUAAUUCAGAUAUGAUUAUAUUAUUUAUUUUAUUUAAAAUAAUGUCUAUGUUCGCUUAUUACUUGAAUAAUUGAAACCAACACGUAUUUUCUAUAUACAUAUAAUGUCUAUUCAGUAUUAAGAGGUGAGCUAAAGCGUAUGCUUUAAACUAUAUUUUACACAAAAAAAACGGGAAUUAGUAACUAUUGUAUUAUUAUCUGAUAUUUUUUUGUUGUUCGUCAAAAUCGCUGUUCCACAAAAGCCAUGUUUAUACCCUUGGAAAAUGUUUAAUCAACAUGAUUCAAUAUUGAGUACGAUGUUAAUAUGUGUAUCCGUUUAAUGAUGGUGGUGGUUAUAUAUACAUCAAUUUUCGUAUGAUUGCCUCUGAUUGUGGGUGUUUGUGAUACCUGCAUGUAGUUUUCCGCUCAUUCACCUUUAACAUUAUAGAGAAGACUAGCAAGAGUCAUGUUGGUCAUCAUGUUCUUUUCUCAGUUCUAUGUCACGAGGGUGAUAUGCAACCGUAAAUGUUGCAUACUGCAUUUUACUGAUCGCCUGUGUUGUAUUGAACAUAACAAUAGACUUGUGGUUUGGUGUUUUAGACAUUAUGCGAAUGGUAUAAUUUAUUUAUAUGAUAAUUAUUCAUUUAUUUAUUGUUUCAUGGAUUGCCUCGUGGCAAUUUCAUCUUGACAUGUGAAUAAAUAAACUUAAACAAUA